AUGUCAAUCGGCAUAGGCGAUUACAACUUCGUCGAUAGAGCCAAAGAACAACCUGAGCUGGCGCGAACCAUGUCUAGAAAACAAACCAACGAUGGGAAUCACCGUCAAUCCUACGCUGAUGAUGGGCAAUCUCAUCCAGUGACAGCUCAUGAGCGUCACCAACAGGUCACUGGGCUCGCUCGUCAAAUGUCCCGUGCUUCCAUCUCCGGAGCAGGAGCAGGCAACGACAUCUUCAACUACCAACCCGAUAGCGAUCUCGAUCCUUUCUCUGACAAUUUCGAUGCUCGAAAAUGGGUCAAGCAGAUGAGCAGGGUCAGUCUGGAAUCAGCACCGAGAAGAACUGCCGGUAUAUCCUACAGUGGGAUGAGCGUUCACGGUUUCGGUUCAGAUGCAGAUUACCAAAAGACCGUCAGCAACAUCCCCUUAUCCCUCGUCAGUUCCGCACGCGACCUCAUCAGUAAUAGAAAGCGUAAAGUGCACAUCCUGAAUGAUAUGGAUGGUGUUUUGGAAAGCGGGGAGAUGUUGGUAGUGUUGGGUCCUCCAGGAAGUGGAUGUACUACGUUGCUGAAGACUAUAGCUGGAGAGACAAAUGGUAUAUUCCUCAAUGAAGAAGCAGAUAUCAACUACCGAGGUCUUACUCCCAAGCAAAUGCAUGGUCGAUUCAGAGGUGAAGCUAUCUACACUGCCGAAGUAGAUGUGCACUUCCCCAACAUGACUGUGGGAGAGACACUUCAAUUCGCAGCAGAAGCGCGAGCACCCAGAAACCCACCUGGAGGAUUGAGCAGAAUAGAAUUCGCAACACACUUCAGAGAUGUUAUCAUGUCUGUCUUUGGUAUAACCCAUACGGUCAACACUAGAGUGGGGAAUGAUUUCAUUCGAGGUGUAUCGGGAGGAGAACGUAAGCGUGUCACCAUCUCUGAAGCGGCACUCUCAGGUGCGCCUUUACAGUGCUGGGACAACUCUACUCGAGGUCUCGACAGUGCCAACGCCAUAGAGUUCUGUAAAACCCUGCGACUACAAUCAGAGUACCUAGGUACGAGUGCUGUCGUAGCCAUCUAUCAGUCCCCUCAAUCUGCCUACGACCUUUUCGACAAGGUCUCCGUCUUGUACGAGGGAGAACAGAUCUACUUUGGAAAAGCUGGUGAAGCUCGAGCUUUCUUCGAGAGGAUGGGAUUCAAUUGCCCAGAACAGCAGACCACUCCCGAUUUCUUGACUAGUUUGACCAGUCCUUCGGAACGUCAAGCCAAACCCGGUUACGAAGACAAGGUACCCAAGACUCCUAAAGAGUUUGUACAAAGAUGGAAAGCUAGUGAAGAAUACCAGCAAUUACGAGCGGAUAUCGCUGCUUUCAAUGAAAGACAUCCUACAGGAGGUGAAAGGUAUGAAGAAUUCUUGGCCUCGAGAAGAGCUCAGCAAUCGAAGAGAACCCGUCCUUCCUCGCCUUACACUCUCUCAUACGGUCAACAGAUCAAGCUCUGCGUCGCUAGAGGAUUCUGGCGAUUGCGUGCCGAUCCAAGUUUGACUUUGACACAAUUAUUCGGUAACUUUGUUAUGGGUCUUAUUAUCAGUUCGGUCUUCUUCAAUCUUAAGGACACCACGGAGAGUUUCUACCAACGGGGGUCUCUACUGUUCUUUGCUGUCUUGUUGAACGCUUUCGGUGCUGCCUUGGAAAUCCUCACCUUGUAUGCUCAACGUCCCAUCGUAGAGAAACACGCUCGUUACGCUUUCUAUCAUCCAUCUGCUGAAGCCUUCGCUUCCAUGCUUGUCGACAUGCCUUACAAAGUCUUGAACUGUAUAUUCUUCAACUUGGUGCUGUAUUUCAUGACAAAUCUGCGUCGUGAUCCUGGCUCUUUCUUCUUUUACCUCUUGAUUAACUUCUUCUCAACUCUUACCAUGUCCAUGAUCUUCCGGACCAUCGGUUCCGUUUCCCGACAGUUUGUCAGCGCCAUGACACCAGCCAGUAUCAUCAUGAUCGGUCUUGUCGUCUACACCGGUUUCGCCAUUCCUGUGACAUACAUGCGAGGUUGGUCGAGAUGGAUCAACUACAUCGACCCAAUUGCCUACGCUUUCGAAUCGCUCAUGAUCAACGAAUUCCACGGUCGAGAAUUCUCCUGUUCUACAUUCGUACCGUCGCCAUUGCUUCCUGCUUAUGCCAAUGUCGGAGCCACCAACCGAGUCUGCAGUACUGUCGGAGCCACUGCUGGGUCCAGCGUUGUUAGUGGUGAUACGUACCUCGCUCUGUCCUAUGAGUACUUCCACGCUCACAAGUGGAGAAAUUUUGGGAUCCUUUUGGCGUUCAUGUUCUUCUUCUUCGCUACGUACAUUGGAGCUACGGAGGUCAUCACCGAGAAACAAUCGAAAGGAGAAAUCUUGGUUUACCCCAAAGGUCAAAUCCCUAAAGAGCUUCGUUCGUCCAAACAAGGCGAUGCUGAAUCUAAUGGAUCAGAUGAAAAAGUCAAAGCUUCAGAUGCCAAAACCUCCUCGGGCGGAGGUGAUGUAGCGAUUAUCCAAAGACAAACCAGUAUCUUCUCCUGGAAAGAUGUCGUGUAUGAUAUCAAGAUCAAGAAGGAGACUAGACGUAUCUUGGAUCAUGUUGAUGGUUGGGUCAAACCUGGUACCCUUACGGCUCUUAUGGGUGUAUCUGGUGCUGGUAAAACAACUCUUCUCGAUGUAUUAGCUACUCGAGUCACGAUGGGUGUCGUCACUGGUGAGAUGCUGGUUGAUGGUCGUCAGAGAGAUGUUUCGUUCCAGCGAAAGACGGGUUACGUACAGCAACAAGAUCUACAUUUACAAACCAGUACUGUUCGAGAGGCCUUGCGAUUUAGUGCGUUACUUCGACAACCUAAACAUGUUACCAAGAAGGAGAAGUAUGAAUAUGUCGAGGAAGUGCUCAAACUCUUGGAAAUGGAUGGUUAUGCAAAUGCAGUUGUCGGUGUACCUGGUGAAGGUCUUAACGUCGAGCAAAGAAAACGUUUGACUAUCGGUGUUGAACUCGUGGCAAAGCCAGAACUGCUUCUUUUCCUUGACGAACCCACCUCCGGUUUAGACUCUCAGACUUCUUGGAAUAUCCUUCAGCUCUUACGAAAACUCACGGAAAACGGUCAAGCUAUUUUGUGUACCAUCCACCAACCUUCAGCCAUCCUGUUCGAGAACUUCGAUCGACUCCUUUUCCUAGCCAAGGGAGGUAAGACUGUAUAUUUCGGAGAAGUAGGUAAAGGGUCUCACAUCCUCAUCGACUACUUUACCAGGAAUGGUGCACCUCAAUGCCCUCCUGGCGAGAACCCGGCAGAAUGGAUGUUGGCGGCUAUAGGUGCAGCUCCCGGAAGCCAUACUGCAGUGGACUGGCAUCAGACAUGGUUAGAUAGUCCCGAGCGUGUACGAGUUCGGGAAGAGCUCGAACUACUGAAGACUGAAGGUGCUUCCAAAAAUCGAUCCAAGGACACCAAGCUGGACAAAGCGGCAUAUUCGGAGUUUGCUGCUCCAUUCGGCGUACAGUUCAUGGUGGUUCUCAAGCGAGUCUUCGAACAAUACUGGCGGACUCCUUCUUACAUUUACUCCAAGUUCUUCUUGGCUGUCUCUUCGGCUCUGUUUAUCGGUUUCUCGUUCUUCAAAGCAGACACCUCUCAACUUGGUCUCCAAAGUCAGCUGUUCUCAGCGUUCAUGUCCUUCCUUAUUUUCGGUCAGCUUGUACAACAGAUCAUGCCAAACUUUGUAGUUCAACGAAGUCUGUACGAAUCUAGAGAGAGACCAUCCAAGACAUACAGCUGGAAAGUAUUCAUCUUGAGUAAUAUCGUCGUCGAGGUUCCCUGGUCAAUGCUCGUCGGUACCCUGUUCUUCCUCUGUUGGUUUUACCCAAUUGGAUAUUAUCGAAAUGCCAUUCCGACCGAUACUGUGAAUGUUCGAGCUGCUCUCAUGUGGCUGUACCUACAGGUGUUCUUCCUGUUCACCUCUACCUUUGCUACCGCAAUUGUCGCCGGUAUGGAGUUGGCCGAGACAGCAGGUAACAUAGCUCAGUUGAUGUUCUCCUUAUGUUUGAUCUUUAACGGUGUCUUGGUCGUGUACAACUCUCUACCCGGUUUCUGGAAGUUCAUGUAUCGAGUCUCACCAUUUACCUAUCUGGUCGAAGGUUUGCUCAGUGUGGCUGUCGCCAAUACAAAGGUGCAAUGCUCCGAUAUCGAGUAUCUCAAAUUCGAUCCACCAUCUGGUCAAACCUGUUCCGCAUAUCUUGCCGAAUACAUUCGUGCUGUCGGAGGGUACCUCCUUGAUGAGAACGCAAGUAGCAAUUGUCAAUUCUGUACAAUAUCCGAAACAAAUACUUUCCUAACAGCGUUCAAUAUCGAUUAUGGGAACCGAUGGAGAGAUUUCGGCUUGAUGUGGGUGUACAUCAUCGUCAAUAUUAUCGCUGCUAUCGGUUUCUACUGGCUUGUGCGAGUGCCUAAAAACACCGGGAAGGAGAAACCUACCACCGAAGAUGGGAUGAGAACUGUUUCUCGACAGAAAUCGCAUGUGACCGAAAAAACCACGGCAUAG